UGCUAGGCGCCGCCCUUGCCGUGAAGCCGGAAGUGUUUAGUGAGCGGGAUGGAGAGCGGGGCGUACGGUGCGGCCAAGGCCGGGGGCAGCUUCAACCUCGAGUCCUUCCUCAGACGGCCGGAGACGGUACUAAGGGUGGCCAGCGCGGUUUUUGCUAUCAUCGUCUUUGCUUGCAUUCUGACUGAUGGGUAUCCGAGUGACCAGCAUGGCCAGGUUUUCUGUAUCUUUGGUGGCAAUGCUGAUGCGUGCAGAUAUGGGAUUGGUAUUGGAGUCAUUGCAUUCUUUGCAUGUGGGAUCUUCCUGUCUCUGGAUGUCUACUUUCCAAACCUGAGCAACAGUUCCCAUCGCAAGUACAUAGUGCAGUCUGACUUUGGCUUUUCAGCACUGUGGAGCUUCCUUUGGUUUGUGGGAUUUUGCUUUCUGGCCCAUCAGUGGAGCAUAGAACUUCCUAAACCACUGGUCACUGGACAAAGCAAUGCCCGGGCUGCCAUUGCUUUUAGCUUCUUCUCCAUCCUCUCCUGGGUUCCCCUCGCAUUACUUGCUUAUAAGAGGUACAGGAUGGGAGUAGCUGAUUUCAAUCCAAACUACGUGGACCCAUCCCAGGACACGACUCCUCCAUAUUCCAGCUAUCCGGACGCAGUAACCGACAACUAUCAACAUCCACCAUUUACCAAUAACCCAGAUGCAGGGGACGGUUACAAACCCCCGCUGUACUGAGUAAGGGGAUCCCGCAGGAAAAGCUUGAACAUAGACUGCCAAUCUCUGUAUGAGCUUCACACCAGCCGUCCAGCCUGGACCUCUGUGGCCACCAGAUAUCUCUGUGCGUUGAUUGCAGGAGAUGUCUUCGUCACCGAAAUCAUGUGUGUGCACUUUCUCUCCGUGCCAACCCCGUUAUGCUGGAGCUGAUGGUCGGGGAGAGGGAUACUAUGUUUUUACACAUUGGUGGAGACCCAGGAUAUGUCUUAUUUGUGCCUCACUGGAUAUUUAUGUGCCUUAAAGACAGGGAAGUUUGAGAGUGCCAAUACACAUUAGUCCCAAUUUAUUUUACACAAAAUGCAGGUGGUUUAAGCACUUCCCCUCUAGCCUCCUGCAGUUUGCACACCGUUUGGGGUGAUCCACUUAACCAGGAGCUGUCUGGAAUUCAAAAUGAUCUAAAUAUAAAACAAACCUUUUCAAUUCUUGGUGAAUUCCUAAUAAUUUCUGGUUUAGUGAACACGCCUGCCUUAAGGGUUUAAUCUUUAAACUGUGUGUUUUUGCCAAUUACCUGCUUUGGUCUGAAAUUUGUAAUAUGGUUUUCAAUUAAUGAAUUGAUUUUUUUUUUUUUUUUACAUUGAGAUGUGAUGAGUGACUAAUGCCUUUAAUUUAGACUGUUAAAAAUAGGAGUUUGAGGAUUCCUUGGCCUCUCUAUUCUGGGCUAAAGUUUGCUGCUUGGUGCCAAUCAUGGAAUAACUGUGUGAAUAUACUAUAUAUCUAUAUUUGUAUAACUACUGCUCAAUGCUUUGUCCCAAACGGAAGGUUUCACAGGGCUAUUGCAAUAUUACCUUCUACGCGGCUGUAACAGACGUUCUUUCACUUUCACAUAGUUCAGGGGAGGUUUCUUCACAGUGGGAUUGCAGGGGAGCUAAGUUUUUGUUUGGUGUUGAAUUUAAAGAUGAUCUGUCGCACUUAUUCUGUGUGACUUGUCGGGUAAUUACUCCAGAUGGGGUUCCUAGGCCCCCCCACCACGUUUUCCUGGACAAAUGCUACCAGUAAGUUAAUCAUAGGAAUCAUGCAGCAUGUGAUUGCUACCUACAGUGCAGUAGGACUUUCAGUAUCAAGUGUUGUGUAUUCCAAAAAAUCGUGGACCUGGCAACAUACCCGACAUCCAUACAUUAAUAGGAAGCAGAACUGUAUAAAGUGAGCGUCUAUCUGCACUGCAACAGUGUGAAAGGUUAUUCAGCGUUAAUUACAAAUUUAACCCCUUAAGGACACAACUUUUGAAAUAAAUGGAAUCAUGACGGAAUAUAUCCGUCAUGUGUCCUUAAGGGGUUAAGGUUGUAAUAGCUGAAAUAUAAACAUUCUCUAAGUCAGCUAUGUUUCCUGUUCGACCACUUGGAAUUCCCAUUUACUGAAUAACCCUGUAAAUAUAUAUAUUUGUUUAGGAAAAUUUAUGUCGGUAAGUUAAAUCUAUAUCAGGCUUGCCGGACGUAUGUGGAAAUUAGGGUAAUGUGCGUAAAUAAGGAUAAAAUGCCCAUGCUGUGGUAUCAGGAAAUGAAAUAUCCAAUGCAGAACCAUAUCAGAACCUUAAAUGACUUAAUCUGCUCUAUUCCAAACUAGUUUAAAUGCGACAGAUCAGCUUUAAUCACGGGACAUGUCUGGUGUGUUUGUGUUUACUGCACAGUGUCUUCUAAUAAAAUGUAUUCACAAAAGCC